AGAAGGAAGGAGGGAGGGAGGGGGUAAACGAAGAGAGCAGGACCGAGGAGAGUGGACUGGCAGAAACGUGAAAUACGAGAGGGAGAAGAGUAAAGUAGGAGAGGAACCUGUAAGAGGAGAAACGAGGGAUGGCUGACCUGGAAGUGGGCAAAAUCGGGGGAAAGGAAGCCACCGUCCUUUUCCAACACUUGCUGACAAUGUUCAAGGUCACAGCCAGAAGGUUAGAUGUCAAAGCCAGGGAAAUGUGACACGUCCCUUCCCCCCCAACUCUUGACCGACGACCUCCUGUGUUGUGUCUGCAGAGGGAUUUGAGAAUAAUUUGACGGACAGCCUGUUCAAAGCCCUCCCUGCCUACCCUAUCAUUCUGGUUGCCGAGAGUCAGGUUGCCAUGACACCAGACUGUUUUGUCUGCCCUUUGACCCCUUUAAGAGGUGCUUUGGUCAAUCAGGCAUUACCCGUGAGGGGCCAACCGAGGGGGGAAAGAUGGAGCGACAUUUCCUCUCUAAAAAUGAGAAGCAGGGAGGCAUCACCUGAGAUCUGCUCUGGUCCUCCUCAGGGACUUCAGGUGUUCAAUCCUCAUGCGAAAUAUACAGCUCAAAGCAGACCAGCUGGUCAGAGAUCAGGAAGAGGCUAUGACGUGAUGCUGAAUAAUAUCUUGAUGGCUGAAAUUAUGCCUAUAGUGGAGGAAUUUGACGAGCAGACAAAUAAUGAUACAGUGUAUGAGUUCAGGUUACAGGCAGCAGCAAACAAUUUCAUUGAAGCAGCCUCAAGGCUGCCCAGAGCCUCUGGAUGUUUCCCCCCUUGUGGUUUCCAGGCGCAAGGUGCUGUUUAUAACUGCGUGACCUGUCAGUACGACUCCUGUGAGUUCCCGCUGGAUUGCCCCGUGAAGGAAAUCACUGUACAAGAGAACAACAGGACUCAGAUGUGGUGUAAGGUCCCUUUCCCGCUGCCCACAGGUGCAGAGAUUAUCUGGAGAUAUGCAAUGGAGAUAACGAUGUUGAUGGAUCGGUUUGAUGAGGUCACGGUUGGAGUGGAUCCACUUUACUUUAUCUCCUCUGCCCGGCCAGAGCACUCAGGCACCUACCAGUGUGAAAUAUUCUCUCAGGAGCACUCUCUCGUCCGUAUCUACUACUACCUCACAGUGGUCCCUCUGGCACAGUUAGGCCAUGCAGAACUACAGGAUGUAUUUGAACAGGCUCUCCUCCCAGGAGGCCAGUUCCCUCCCCUGUCCCCUAAGGAUCAAUUCACCUUGUGGAUGCCCAGUCCCGCCCUUCUCACCACCUGUCUGACUGCAAUGUUUCUGCUGGUCUUCCUUUUGCUAGGGGUGCUGUAUUGGUUAUCCAACCAGAUUGGGACCAAUGAUUCGGAUCCAGCCCAAGAAACAAAAUCCACAGAAAAUAAAUAUUUGAUUCACUGUUAAACAUGAGACAAACAAUAAGGCAAUUCCCAAUUGAUUUAGGACCAAAUUAUUCGAGAACAACAUACUUUAAAUAUUAUAUAGAAGUGAGUUUUUGAAAAUGGCUGGGUGAACAUAGGAGAGGCAGUGAAUCUGAGCAUAUGAGUGAGGCUGUACCACUACCUCAUGUUAUAAAGCCUACUUUAUGCUACUAAAUAUAGCAAGGCGUUACUCCUUUUAGUCUUUACUCAGUGUUUUGCUGCUGUUGUCCCAACAACCAAUUAAGUCCAAACUGGGCGAGGGGAAUACUUCAUUGUACAGCCCUACAAUUUUCCAUAAUGUUUGUUAGGACAAUGUGUAUUUUAGAGCUGCACAUUUUAUUACAAUGUCUGGAUUUUAUUGCA